AUGCUGACCGCGCUCGCGCCCCCGGCCCUGCGGGCGCUCCCAGCGCCCCUACCCGCGGCCCCUGCGCGGCGCCAGGACUCCUCAGGUUCGUCAGGCUCCUACCACACGGCGCCGGGCUCGCCGGAGCUCCCGGACAUUGCGCCGGACGUGGAGGGCCGAGCGAGUUGGCCCAGAGUGGCCCCUGCGCCGGGGGCGGGCGCGCAGCCUCGCCUGUCCGUCAGCGCCCAGAAUAGCCGCCAGCAGUUCAGGCUGGUCUCGGGUUUCCCGGGGGGCCCGGGCCCGCGGCCACCCCAGCCCCAGCUGCGCACGCUGCCGUCGGGGGAGAUGGAAGUCAUCUUCAGCGCCGGGUCCCUGUUCAGCCCCGCGGAUGUGGCGGAUCGCGAGGUGCAACAGCUUACAGCGCCUCCUUUCCGAAGCCUGUCGCCGUCAGAUUCGCCGCAGCCCCAGGUCCCCGACGGCGGCGCCCGCUGGGCCACCUAUCUGGAGCUGCGACCCCGCGGGCCAAGCCCCACGGCGUCCGCGCAGUUCGAGUGUGUGGAGGUGGCGCUGGAGGAGCGUGCGGCGCCGGCCAGACCCAGGACAGUGCCCAAGCGUCAGAUUGAGCUGCGACCUCGGGCCCCGAGUCCCCCGCGGGCGCCCAGCGCGCAGCGCCCCCCGCUACUCCUGCGCACCGGUUCUCUGGACGAGUCGCUGAGUCGCCUGCAAGCUGCCGCGGGCCUCGUGCAAACGGCGUUGGCUAGAAAACUGAACGCGGCGCCGCCGGCCCUAAGUAGGGCCACCUCUGGGCGCGCAGAGCGGCCCCAGCCUGCAACUCGGGAAAUUGCCCGCAGCACCCGAGUCAUCGCAGAGGAGGACAAAUCUCGGCCACCACGUGUGCACGACUGUACCGCUCCCGCCAGAGCCCCACGGCCAUGGCCCAGCCUCCGCGAGCGCGCGAUUCGGCGGGACAAGCCCCCUCCCGGGACCGAGCCGCUGGGGCCUGUCAGCUCCAGCAUCUUCCUGCAGUCGGAGGAGAAGAUCCAGGAGGCGUGCCCCCGGGAGUUCAAGACUCAGAUUCCACAGGAGACGCCAGAUAGGGCGCGGAGUCCGCCCUCCCAGACUAAGAGCCGGUGGAGUGUGAAGCCCAGGAGCCCGUCCCCACCCAGGGAUGCCCCCAAUGGAGCCCUGAGAGGUCCUCGCCCACCGCCUCCCCAAGCCCUGUCCCCCUGGGAUCGGGCGGUCAGGAGGGUCCGGAGCCCAUCGCUUCCUCAAGCUUCUUCACAGGAAAAUCAGAAUCAGGCCGUCGAGGAAACUGUCAGUAUUAGAAGGAGCCCUUCUUCCCCUCUGAACCUCUCCCGGUGGAAUCAGGGUGUUGCCAGGGCAAGCAGCCCAUCCCUCGAAGCUCGGUCCCUGUGGGAGGCUCCGCAUCCGGCUGCUUCAGCGAGGAGGAGGAGUGCGUCGCCUCAGCCCUUGUCUCCGUGGGAAGCUCCCGAUCGCCCCAUGGAGAGGCCGAGGAGCCCGUCGCCCCAGGAGUCCUGGCCUCCUACGGUGGUGCAACUACCGCUGCCAGCAGACACGCCAGAAACUCUGAAUGGAUUAGCUCGGGAAGAGCAGGCCCCGUCUUUGCCGUCUACACCCGGGACCCCAGAGCGGGCAGAGCCACGCUGUUCGUCCACACCAGAGAUUCUGGAUACCGCCCUUCUAGACAGUCAGCCAUCGCCAGAGUUGGCUUCAUCCACUCUGCCCCACAGGCUGCUCAUGAGCGACCAGGACCAUGAAGACUUGGGUGCUGGCGAAGCGACCUCGGGACGCCCGCGUGUGGCCAUACCGCGGCCUCGCGACGUGCGCAAGAUGGUGAAGACCACCUAUGCGCCAAGCUUCCCCCCAAGAAUCUCAGGCUCCGGGCUGCCAGAGUCUCCCGCCCACCCUUGCGUAGAGGAGGAGGACGGCACAUCCAAGACGCAAGAGCUGGAGGCGUUGGGGUCCCCAACCCAGGCUCACUACACUUCCAUCUUUCGCAAGGACUUUCUGCCAAUCGUGCCGCACCCCUAUGAGCCCUCAGGGCCACCCUCUAUUCUCGACACUGUCCCCCAGGACGCCUCGCAGCCCAACGGAGUCCCGCGGCGGAGAGCCGAGAACAACACGGCGAAGCCCUUCGCACGCUCCGAGAUCCGCCUGCCCUGGGCCCUGGCUUUGGGCCGCCGAACGCAGGGAGACCCCAGAGUCCACGUGCGCGGUUUUGGCGGAGAGAACCAGCGCCUCGAGGAGGCCCAGAGCUACGUGCCGGAUGGCGAGGGUCGGACCAGCCCCCCAGGCGGUGCUCGCAUCUCACCCCAGCGGUGCCCUGGAGAGCCAGAGGAGACCCACUCCGUCAGGCCACCCCGCCCCAGCUCCCCGCAGGCACAGCCCACUUCCAGCCCGGGGAUAUCCCCCAAAUUACAGCCCCUCCCUGCAGGCCACCAACAGGCCGUCCAGCCAUCUCUCCCGCAGGAGACCCAGCCCUCGGUGGGCAGGACAGCCCCUGCCCAGCCCCGCGCUGCCUCAGCGCCCCCCAUGGGCCGGCCCCCCGAAGGCCUCUCCCAGGGGGUGCGCAGGCCACCCGGGGCUGCGCAUCAGGGGAAGGUCUUGGUAGACCCAGAGAGCGGCCGCUGUUAUUAUGUGGAGGCCCCUAGGCAGCCUCGACUGCGCCUGCUCUUUGACCCUGAAAGCGGGCAGUACGUGGAAGUGCUGCUACCACCCUCACCCCAAGGGCCGCCACGGCGUGUCUACACCCCAUUGGCCCUGGGGUCUAGCCUCUACCCACCUGCCUACGGGCCCAUCUCUGGGCUCUCAUUACCGUCGUCCCCUGGCCUACCGGCGGCCCUCAGUAGCCCCCAGUUACCCUGGGCCUCAGAGGUGGGACCAUUAGACGGGAUGUACUACCUGCCAGUGAGUGGGACCCCCAGCCCUGCACCUCCUGUGUUCCUAUGCACCCCACCCUCCAGCGCUGGUACUGCCCAGCAGGGCAAGGACUCUCUGUUCCCCGUGUGA